CAAGUUUUACUCAGUUUUCUGAAAAAAAUGUUUUUUUUAAAGUUUAGAUAUCCAUUAUGAUUAAAAGGCAUAAGAUCCAAUUGAAUAGAAAAAACCUAUUAAUCUAAAUAAUGACGAAAUUGAAAUGAAACUAAAGUGCAUUUCCAAGAUAGGGAGCAUUUCUGAAGGAACUAUCAAAUAAUACAAAGAACCUAUAAGAAAAUUUUAUUAAUGGUUAUGGAAAGAAGGUAAGCACAAACCAAGCGCUUCUAAUAUCAUAUUAUAUAUACAAACUUAGAAUCCAACAUUACACGAUCUCAAAGGAAUAGCCAGAAUUAAGAAAACUCAAAAAAUAUUUCUCAAAGAAGAGCAAAAGAACUUGAUCAAAGAAACGAAGUUUUUUUAUAAGAAGGACAAAUACGAUAACCCCAUUAAAGUUGGGAUCUUUUUAUUAUUUAAAAGGUAUUGAUGCAUAUUAUAAAAAGUUUAUAAGUGAUUUAAUUUAUUAUAAUAUGGAAAUAUUGGCAUUUCGACUUUACAUACUGUAUCAUUUAGGCGCUCGUGUUUCAGAAUUGGAAUAAAUUACAUUUUAAAUGAUUUGCGAUGGAACAGUCAUUUAUAUACCAAAAAAAUAAAUAAAAAAAGGUUCGAGUGCAGAAAGGAUUCUUGAAAUGCGCAAGAGGUCAUAAAUGCAACAACUUAAU